GUGGUGCUGUGGGGUCUGCGCGCGUGUUGGUGGUGCAGUCUUCACUGAGCCCUGGGCGUGGUCUGAACACGCGUUCUUCUGCCAAGCUUCAUGGCACUCAGCUCGUACUAACCAACAUCCAUUGCUUUCACACGUGCCUUCGUCAAUAUCCUUCUCAUAUGAAUUGAAUUGUCUACGUCCAGUAUAUGUAAUUUUAUUCGUUACGUGACUUUCUGAGCGUUAUCGGCGCGGCUGGAAGUGGAUAUCGAGCAGUCAGACCGCCCUAAUUUGGCAGUUCGUAGCCUCGGUACCGGCCGGCUCUCCAAUAUCGAUUUUGCUCGUUUUUCUUGCGUGUGUUCGUGUGUGGAGGCGCUUGAAACGCUCCGUCUUCUCACGUUGACAUUGAAAUUAGCUGUCGUGCUGCUUUACAUAAAAUCCGUCCUGUACUACUACGCUGUGGUGUAAUAAUAACGCUCUACCGUCCUCCUGAGAAACAAGUCCGUGUUCUGCAUAUUAAUUUAGUGUUUCUGGUCGCAUUGUGAAACAUUUGUCAUUCAUAUGCUCUUUGAUAAUAAAACUCGUUUAUUAUCGAGCAACUGGUAAUUGCCUAAUUUGAUUACUACUUAUUCUCAAUCGUUCUGUAUGCCUGCCUUUGAAGUUAAAGGAAUCCUCUACGAACUACGGCAAUAGUAGAUCUACGUGCCUUGGUCUCAUUUCAUUGUUUACGUCUUUGUUAUCUACCUAACUGCUUUACAUAUAAUCCAAGAUGAAUGGCGACAGUGGCGAUAACAUAUCUAACAACAGCGGUUACCUGCGUUCAUCAUCCACGCUGAGCACCUUCAGCAGCAAUUCGCCGCGGUUCCGUCGAUAUGAAGAAUCCAAGAAAAGCUAUUUGUCUUCGGGCCUUGGUAGCUCGACCCUCACCUCCUCCUUCAGCAGCAAAUACUCCAGCAGUUCCAGCAGCAUAGGGUCCACAUCAGGCCCUUCGUAUCGCCUUGCAUCUCUGGACCGUCUUGCGUACCGCCAGAAGUUAUACGAUAACAACGGAGGUGCAGAGCUCACCCCAGUUGCUCCCCCAACCGUCCCGUCCACGGCUGUCACUUCGACGUCUUCUUUUCUGCACAGCAACAACGUGAGCCUCGCUGGUGUUAAUGGCACAUCCAAUGGAACAAGCUCCUACGAACCUUCAAGUUUGCCGUCCAUCAGUACCACCGAUGGCAAACCUAAUGGCGUCCUCAGCAAUGGUCUGAACGGCAAUCACACCGCUAAUGGAUUCGGCAAGCCAGAAGAAAUUCCAAACCACGUCAGCACGGCAACCAUCACCGCUUUACCACAACCGCUGCAGACUAAGCGCGAGAUGUUCUUCAAGUCGGACAGCACAGCAUCUGCUGGGGGUGGAGGUGGUGGUGGGGGAGGUAAUCCUCUAGGUCCCCCAUCUACAGCUCCCCCAGCUCCCCCUGUGUCUGCCCCCACUUCAGCCCCUCCCCCACCCCCCACCACCACCACUGCUAACCCCACACCAACACCCGUCACUAAUCACGUAAACAGCAACGCCACCAACAACGCUACAAACAACGCUACCACCAACAAUGCUCCUGAUGCCAAGACCUCCGUAGCGUCCAUCAAAGAACAACUGCUCACUACCAAAGACAAGAAAGACCACAAGGAUGAGGAGAACAAAGAGAGCAAGCAAGCUGCCAAGCCUCCAAUCAAAGACAAAACAAACGCGAAGGAAGUGUUCAGGCGGCAACGGGAAGUCGAGGGCUACGUAGGCUUCGCCAAUCUCCCCAACCAAGUGUACAGGAAGGCCGUCAAGAAAGGAUUCGAGUUCUCCCUCAUGGUUGUCGGUGAAAGUGGCCUGGGCAAAAGCACAAUGAUCAACAGUAUGUUUCUCUCCGAUAUCUAUUCGAAUGAAUACCCUGGCCCCUCCCAUCGCGUCAAGAAGACUGUUCAGGUGGAGACGACGAAAGUCUUGCUCAAAGAGAACGCAGUAAACCUCAUGCUGACCGUCGUCGACACGCCGGGCUUCGGGGAUGCUGUCGACAACAGCGACUGUUGGCAGCCCGUGAUAGACUACGUGGAGUCCAAGUACGAAGAAUACCUCAAUGCCGAAUCCAAAGUCAACAGAAAGAGCAUCAGCGAUAAUCGGGUGCAUUGUUGUCUGUACUUCAUCGCACCGUCGGGCCACGGCCUCAAGUCCCUGGACAUCGAGUUCAUGCGGCGUCUCCACGACAAGGUCAACAUCAUCCCCGUCAUCGCUAAGGCCGACACUCUUACGCCUGAGGAGUGCCAACACUUCAAAAAACAGAUCAUCAACGAGAUUCAUCAGCACAAAAUAAAGAUAUACGAGUUCCCCGAAGAGGACGGCGACAAUAACAAACUCAAGCAGCGAGUUCCUUUCGCCGUCGUCGGCUCCAACGUCACCACCGAAGUCGACGGGAAAAAAGUUAGAGGCAGAAAAUAUCCCUGGGGCAUCGUCGAAGUUGAGAACCUGUCUCACUGCGACUUCAUCCCCCUGCGCAACUUGCUGAUCAGAACGCACAUGCAGGACCUGAAGGAGGUGACGAGUAGCGUGCACUACGAGAACUACCGAUGCCGGAAACUUGCCGGUGGCACCACUGACAAUAAAUCUAAAUCAAGCAACAAACCUUCCUGCCUCACAAGGAGUAAGAACUCUGUAGCCUCAGCGUGGAACCCUCUGGCGCUCAUGGAGGAAGAAAAGAAGGAGCACAGCAGCCGCAUGCAGAAAAUGGAGAGUGAAAUGGAGCAAGUCUUCGAGAUGAAAGUCAAGGAGAAAAUGACCAAACUCUCCGAGCUGGAAGCAGACCUCCAGAAGCGCAACGAGACCAUGCGCCGCAAGCUGGAGACGGACAUGGCAGAGCUGGAGGAGGAACGCGAGCGUUUUGAGAAAGAGCGUCGCGCCUGGGAGACCGCAAACAACGUCACUGUCGAAGAACUCCGACGCAGGAGCCUCGAGUCUAUCAGCAAAGAGCAAGUUGACGGGAAGGAUAAAGGCAAAAAGAAGAAGGGGCUCUUUUAAUCAAGCAAAAGAAUCCUUAUUCUUCAUUUGAAUCAUUUACUGAGACUUCUCAUGAUCUUCGUCGGUCCCACCAGGAAGAUAAUCGACGUCUCGGUACACAUAUUCAGCACAUGCCAAAACCAAGAAUGAUUUCUAAGCCUAAAUAGUCUGACUUGCAUUUUUGUCCAGGGUCAAAGCUUGUCACAGCUUCACUAGCGACUUAUUUACUUUCCGUGUUCUGCGUUGAAAUUUAGGCCUGGUAAGCAAAUGAAUUGCGCAAAACUGUAACUACAAUUAUCUCAUGAAGUAUGUAGUAUUCCAAUAUUCCAAUUAGCUCUCUCUAGCCAUUCCUAUUGUGUAAUGAUGUGUUUGGUCGCAUGUUUCUGCUCAAAAUUGGUGCUUUUCGUGUAACCUUUAGGUUCCUGGUUAAGUACACGCACACAUGGGGGGUUGAUUUAGUUUGGUGACUAAUGAAGCGCGUACUCACCGCUCACGUUCAAUUUGCUCCACUCUUUUAUUACGUCAGACUAGUUUGUGAUGAAAAUUGCGAACAGAGCAGUACAAUUUUGGCUCAUCUUUUGCCAUAAGAUAGAAUCCAAGCCUUCCGUUGUUUGGAAUCAUCGGAACUUCAUAAAGCCUCGUGAAAAUAUUAUUAUAGUAGCUUUAAAGUCCUUGCUAUUUCUUCCCUUUAGGCUACCUAAGGAAGAUUUUGUUGCUUCGAUACUGUAACUGAGAUAGAAUAGUGAUGGCCGGUGAUUCUGCAGUGCUUCAUACGCUCUAUGUGGUCGCUUCUUGACAAAUUCAUGAAUUUCAUCUAAUCUUCCUUGCUUGACAAUUUAUUCUUUAUUUAUAUGUUUUUGAAAAUAAGACAAUUGUAUAUAAUUGAAAUUCCUAUUUUCGAAUUUUGAAUGAACCUAAACUCAUGUGCGCGACGCAUUUCAGAAUCAUCUGGCUCAUGUUAUUUUUCGAGAAAUCCAAUGUUUGCGAUGUGUUUGAUUAGAAGAAAUGUUUUGGGUGGAUUUUGUUCGUGCAUAUGUCUGGCUCUUUUUCUCAUUUUAGGUUUACUUCAUUUUUACCUAAAGCUUAUUAUCUCGGUCACUUCGUGGCUCUUAAAUAUGUAUGAUUAGGAAAUCUAAAGAAAUCCUACUGCUUAUGCUUGAAAACAAAUUGAUAUUUGCCUUCUAAUUUUGAACUUUUAAGUAACCAUUACCUUUGUUAAAAGUGCAACUAGUCAACCUUGGCUUAGUGACCGAAUGGUUUACCCUGCAGGAUCGUUUCUAGUAUUUUUUGCUAGCUAACUUAAGGUAAUAGGUACAACCUCUAAGAUUUGCUUGUAAAUACGUUUACUCGCACGAUUGUAUUUUUCUGUCGUGAUGCUUGAAAGUAAUUGAAUUUAUUCUUAAAGUGAGAAACUGUAAUUCGUAAUAUUUAUACAAAUAUCUGCAACUUUUAUCUUAACUGCUUCACAUUCAACCUGAUAAAAUUAUUCGGUCAAGAAGAAAUUUUGAAUUCAUACAGCAACGUAUGCAUAAGUAGCUUGUUGCAGUGAGCCUAAGUGGUCACCAGGAUACUGUUGUAUCAAUUAAUGCUGACUAGAGCAAAGAAAUAGUCCGUCAAAAUUGAGACGAACCGUUCACGAAUUUUCUCGUGUAUAUGUCGUCAUAUUUUUACUAGAUUGUAGAUCUUGUUACUGUACUUGUCAUAAUAUUGUAGUUGAAGUAUCUUUGUUACGAAAUAUUAACUACGUUCUCUUGAAAAUUACUGUUAAGUGCUUGACAUUUCUCGUACUCUUAUGCAUUCAUCUGCUAACAGAACGCGUGCUGUGCCCUUUACUCUUUUAAGUGAUCUCCAAUGCUCUAUUCUACUCCUGGAUGGUUCGCAGUUCUGAUUCUCAAGCUGUCACUCAACACUCGUUUGAGACAAUUGCUAAAAAGGAACCGAGUCGUCUUGCACAGACCACUUCCAACUCAGAGGUUAAUAGGGGAGUUACUGGACCCUGGCACACUGCAGCUGACACUCCAUGCUUAGCUCAACAGAGGAGGGAAGGAGGAUGCUGUAUUACGAAAUUUAUUGAAAAAUUUGUGCCAGACUCGAGAUGAUUACAUUUAAGGCACCCUUCAGUGGACGCUCAACGAUCUUAUAAGAGUCGCGUGUGCGCUAGCCGCACACUUAGCUUUACUCUCCAAGCGUUUCCUGCUUCUUUACAUUGGCGUGCCCUGAGCUGUAAAGCGUUUCCUCAGUUAUUUGGAUAUGUUAAUUACGCUGAAAUUACUUUAGAAUUGUGUGCCAUGCUUCAAUAUCUGGUAUUGUGUUUCUAGUAUUCGCAUCAUUAUUUUAUUGUUAAAAUUCACGUUUUGUGGGACCAGCGCUUGAAUCUCGUAACUAUCGCUCGAAAUGAACGACUAUGGAGUUCAAUAUGUAAGUGGCUCAUUAUCCAACUUUCCUGUGGUCAGUUUAUGUGUGAAAUUUAUAUUUUUUAGUGGAUUCCAUUUUAUAAUAUGUUACAAUGUACGUCAUUAGCCAUAAGAAGCGAUAGAGAUUCGCACAACUGACGUUAAUCGCUUUGGGUUAAUUUGUACACUAUUCAGUUAUAGGUAUCGCCGACAUCUGCUUGUAAUUUUUGUACAGACAAUAAAUUAAUGUUACCAAA